AACAAGUAAAGGUGGGUGGAAAGUGAAUUUAGGGAAGUUACAGGUGGAGCUGACAGCGGCUCCCGUCAACACCUCCGGCUCCACUGCUCCAUAACAAAGUCAUAAACUGUGUUCCCUGUGACAGGCCAUGUAUCCUGUGGACCUUCCAGAUGGGGAUGACACUGACCUGACGUUAGCAUCUGAACAGUACCUCUCCUCUUUGGAGUCAAGAGCUAGUGAUAAUGAGUGGUUUGAAUUAUCACAGACUUUGAAGGUGGGAAUAACAGCAAACAACAUAAGGUGGUUGCGGCUGUUUGAAGAGGACCGACCUGACAGUGCAGUGGCGGCGCUUUACCCUCCUGAUGAUCCAGAACGAGUGUUGGCUUUGUACCUACAUGGGAAGUGGUGGCGUGUGGAUGACCUUUUACGAACAUCCAGCAAAUCCAGAAGUGGCUUGGUGUCGGUGCAGUCGAUUACAGAGAGGGUGAUUGUGUUCCUGCUAAGUCAGGUAGUGGAGAGGUCCUCACAGGAGGAGGUGCUGUUCUCCCUGCAUCCCUGCACAGAGAGCUGCAAACUGCUGUGGAGAGACAGACAGGCCAUUGGCUUCUACACCGUCAAACACAAAGGCAGCCUGUGUGACAGCUGGAGCAGUCGCUGCUACCUGCUGCCUGUUCUGGACACGGUGCUGGUGAGGAGGAGCUGGAGGAGGAGAGGCUUUGGCCUCCUGAUGCUGGAGGAUUUCUGCUCCUCGUUCUCCUCAGAAGAGUUUCUGGGAGUCAGCUCUCCAUUAUCACCCAGCAUGGUGGCAGUGUGCAAAAGGUUCCUGCAGCAGCACAAGGAACAUCAGGAGCGUCUGUAUGAGGUGGAGGCCCCAGGGGACUGGACUCAACGACGAAACAUCUGGCUCAGCAUCCAGCUGGGCCGCUACUCCCUCAGUAGUAACGAGGAGAGCAGCAAAACACUGGGAGAAACUGCGAGGAAUGAAAAAGACGACUCAUCUGUGGAGGCUCUUCUCAACAACAAAUUCAACAUUGUGAUCCAAGCCAAGGAGGAAGCUCCCCGAGCAGCAAGAUCUCCGGACCAGGAUGUAGCCCCGCAGCCCACGGCACUGAUCUGGACCUCCCAUCAGUCCCUAAACACAAAAUAAGCUCAGAAAUCCAAGCACUCUGUAUCUGCCAUGCCUCGCGGAGAGAAACCAGAUGCAGAGGAAACACACAGGGGAGCCAAACAAGUCAGAGGGACCUCAGUUAAACCACAGACCAGUCAUCCUCUGCAACACCAGCCCUCUGAAGAAACUGGUUAUGCAGAUUAAGUGGAUGCUAUAUUCACCUAAACAUGGGAGGGUUGAAGUUUACACACGUUUAUAGACUAAAGUACCGCAAAUCAUACAAUGAACUGUUUUACUUUGACAUAAAAUGUUUGUAUUGUUGUCUUUUGGUG